CUCCACCCUUACAUAACAUAAAAUAACCGCCAGAGAGGAGAGGAGAGGAGAAACGACAAAAAGAAUCCAUGGACCUUAUCAUUUCAAGCCACUCCUGCAACUCACUCUGCAGGAAACCGGCAUUUUACCGGCGAAUUUCAUCUCCAAACUCCACGACUCAACACUCCACUUCUCUUAAAUGCCGCGUUGCUAAAACGACAUCGGAGCUUCAAUCUUCAGUAGGAGUGAGCGAUCGAACCGGCAACAGCUACUCUCCCUCGAUUCCAACUCACAAGGUCACUGUUCACGACAGGCAACGAGGCGUUGUUCACGAGUUCCUUGUUCCAGAGGACCAGUAUAUAUUGCACACAGCGGAGUCACAGAACAUCACACUUCCAUUUGCUUGCAGGCACGGUUGUUGCACCAGCUGUGCUGUACGUGUUAAAUCAGGGCAACUUAGACAGCCAGAAGCUUUAGGGAUCUCUGCUGAGUUGAAGUCGAAGGGAUAUGCACUUCUUUGUGUGGGCUUCCCGUCUUCUGAUCUUGAAGUAGAAACACAAGAUGAGGAUGAGGUGUAUUGGCUUCAGUUUGGAAGAUAUUUUGCCCGAGGACCAAUUGAAAGGGAUGACUAUGCGUUGGAGUUGGCCAUGGCUGAUGAAUAGAUCAUAGUGACUUGACUUGAAUGCUAUCCAUCUUCACGGGCCUGCUUUCUGAUAGAAAUGUUGAUGGGAAUUGCUUGGUUUUUGCUUUCUUAGCGAAUGACUCCUACGUAACAAGGAACAGAGAUGGAUCUAUCAGAUCACGCUCGAUGGACCACCAAAAUCAGCCUUUUAGUUUCAACUAGAUUCAUAGCGUGGCUGGUGGUUCUUGAUUUAUCUUCUUCCUAUAAUCUCGAGCGAUAGGGAUACACAUGCAGGACAUCUCUGGCUGCGUCUGGCAUUGUUUUGAAUCUUAUCUCGUUUAGAUUGGACUAUCUUCGGGCUGAAAGAUGACGACAACUGAGUGACCGUAAUCAAGGUAAUCUGCGGGACUGAAAGGGCGCAGGCUAUGAUAUUUGUGCUGAUGACCCUUUAGAUUUGAAGGUGAAUGACUAAUUUCUCGAGCUCUAGAAGUUUUUAGUGAUCUUGUAACACUUGAAUUGCUCUAGAAAACAAAUUUAAAAUCUAAACACCUCUCAUGUAA